AUGGCGGCGAGCCUGUGGCGAGAGGCGAUGGGCGCCGGCGCCCCGGCCGCGGACGCGGACUUCCUGGACUACAUCGAGUUCUGGCACCAGCCCGAGUGCGCGGGGUGGCUGGACAAGCAGGGGGAGCACACCAAGACGUGGCGCCGGCGGUGGUUCGUGCUCAAGCAGGGGAUGCUCUUCUGGUUCAAGGACUCGGACGUCGACCACGCGUCCGUGCCCCGCGGCGUCAUCUUCCUCGCCUCCUGCCUCGCCGUCAAGGGCGCCGAGGGCGUGCUCGACCGCAAGUUCGCCUUCGAGCUCUCCACCCCGGGCGAGACCAUGUACUUCGCCGCCGACUCCGAGGAGCACAAGGAGGAGUGGAUCAACUCCAUUGUCCUCCCACUUGCCGCUCCUGCAGGGACCACAUGGGAUGAAAUUUAUGACAAGGUGGACAUGCUGCGCGCAGGGUUUGGAGCAGAAGGUUUAGAUCCUUAG